AUGGCGGAUCCACCGGAGUCAAAAAAGUCCCACAAAACGUUGUUCAAAGAAAAUAAAUUUCAAGAAGCACUGGCCAUUGCUGCUAACCUUUUGCAAGUAAAAGAGUUUUACAAGGAUCAAGAAACUGCGCUGAGGCAGUUCUUUCAAGGAAAAAAUAUCUUUUUUAGUGCGCAUACUGGCUACGGCAAAUCCUUAGUCUUUCAGGCAAUUCCAAUUUUGGCAGAUGUUAUGGCUGAAAAUGUUAUUGGAACUAGUGUUGUUGUGGUAAUAUCACCAUUGACGUCGUUAAUGAAGGACCAAGUGAAAACUGUAAAUGAGAAUUUUGGGAUUAGCGCGGCAACAAUAUAUGAUGGUCAAGAUAAUCAAGUCCUGGAAAACAUUGAAGAUUGUGUGUACUCCAUUGUUUAUACUUCGCCUGAAUCAUUUAUUGCUUCAAAAAGAUGGAGAUCGCUUGCCAGUUAA